AUGACAAACCUUCGAAGAAAUGGGCAACCUUCAUUACACAAUAUUAGAUUUCUGGAUUUUCUUAAAGACGAUACUAGGUAUCUUAUUUUUCCAAUGGCUCUUAAUGACAACAAUUUACAUGGAGAUGUUAAAUCAAACCCCACUGCGCAACUAAGCUGGCAAAUGCAAACAACCAAAGAAAUCUACAACCUAUCAGGUCGAUUCUACAUAACCUCCUCACCCACAAGAAUAACUCGGUUUCCAGCUCCAAAAAUCAUCACACCAAACAAAUCACCUACUGACACUGACGAAAUUUCAUCUAAAGAAUAUUGGGAGUCUCUAAGGCGACAUUUCUGGUCUUCAUUAUCCUCACAAAACCGGGCAAUUUAUACAUGGCCUCCGCCAGGUGAAACGCCUAAAAGUGAUAAAGAAGCAUUUAAAUGUUUAGAAUUAGACGAUAUGCUAGAUGUUGCCCCAGAGUAUAAUAAUUCAGACAAGAUCCUGCAUGAUUCUGCGUUUGACAAUUUUUGUUUAUUAGUGUUUAAAGUUAGUGAAGUUGUUAGAUUCGAGUAUGGAGUAUUUCCACAAAAAAGAACCAUCUACAGACUGGACGACGAAGAAAAGGAAUGGAUUGUUGAAAAAUCCAAUCCGUAG